GCGAAAUGCAUCUUCAAAUAAUUAUAGGCUCUUCCAAGCUCGCUAGGAUCCCGCCAUUGGCUUCGCGCAUAAACAAACUCACGGGCAGCCGACAUUUCAGCUCUACGCCGCCUGUUAGAUCACUGGCCGGAACCGUCGCUCCGCAUCACAGCUAUUUCCUCCUGCACACCCAUCGUCCGCCGAGAGAAUAUCCUGCUAGAUCCAAGUCGCCGCUGCUGCACGCUUUGACGCGGCAUGCGCUAUCCUGGGGUGGUCUUGUGAACUUCUCGUGGUCGGAACAGCAAGCCGUACAUCCAGGGUACGUUGGUCUUGGGGAAGCCGAAGGGGAGCAGGAGGUUUAUCGUGCCACCGCAUUUUCACAUGCCGGAGGCUGUAUAGACAUACCCGAAGUAUCGCUUGCGAAUGUGGGCUCUGUGGCAAAGACGUUGUACUCCCACGCGCUCGGGGACCUACCGGCGACUACACCUGAUAAGAGCAUCGACAAAUUGCAUCUCUACGUGUGCACGCACGGCGAACGGGACUGCAGGUGCGGGGACACAGGGAGUGAGGUCGCGGGAGCUCUACGGAAGGAGAUCAGCAGACGUGGUCUGACACAAGACAUCUCGCUUGGAGAGGUUGCCCAUGUGGGCGGGCACAAAUAUGCUGCAAAUCUCCUCGUGUUCCCCUUUGGCGACUGGUUGGGCAUGCUGCAAGGUAUCGACGCACCCGCGGUGCUCGACGAGAUCUUAGAAAGACGGAGUCAGCGAGCAGUGGAGAGUUUGCAGUCAGCACCGCUGUGUCCCCCAUUCUGGCGAGGCCGGAUGGGCCUCAACAAGCAGGAUCAGAUUGCCCUACAUUCACGAUCUUGA